AAGUCAAUCGUUGUGGAGAAGAAGAAACCAUUCUGGUUCUCGUGCGGCCCCUUCUUCUCCUUGGCUUUGUUGGUGAAGCCAGGAAGGAAGGAUAGAAUGGCGAGAUAAGUAGGUUGCUAGGGUUUGCGGGCAGGGGAGAUGGCCACCGAUUCGAGCGCGGGCAUGGCCAUGGCCUUGUACCAGGGCCACGCCUACGCCUCUUUCCUCUCCUUGCACCACCACCACCAGCAGCAGCAGAUGGAGAUGGAGAUGCUCUCCUUCCAAUCCAUCCAGCUAGGAGCGGGAGCAGGCCCCGAUUCCCAUUCCCCUGCCCCAACCUUCCUGCUACCACCUCCCAACGCCUCCGCCUCCGCCUCCGCCUCCAUGCUUCUUGCCCCAUCUUCCUCCUCCUCCGCCCUCCCCAAGUACAAGUUCGUCACAUGUUCACCCGCCGAUUGGACCGACCAUGACCUCGCUAUAUUCAACGAUGGCCUCCUCAGAUAUGCUCAUGAACCUAAUAUUAUCAAGUACAUCAAGAUUGCCGCAAUGCUGCCUACUAGGACUAUCAGGGAUGUUGCUUUAAGAUGCUGCUGGACUCCUGGCAAUGAAAGCAGGCGAGGAAAACCUGAUGAAGUCUACACAGGGAAAACAAUAAGGGGUUCGAAGGAGAAAAUGGUUUCAUCUACUUUGCCAGCUAAUUUUCAAAUCCCAAAUCCAAACAACAUGGUACCAUUCUCAAUAUCAAUGCAUCAUCAGGGUCAAAACAGCCUAAUUCAUAAGGAAGUUCCUGUUUUAGAUAGUGCAAGUCAGCAUCUUUUGGAGGAAACUAGCCUGUUACUAAGCCAGAUUGCUGAAAAUAUCGAAACUUUCAAGAUGAUGGAGAAUAUGGAACUCUUUCUGCGCACAAAUAAUAAUAUCAGAACAGUUCUUAAAAGAAUGAGUGAGACGCCUGGUAUCAUGGGUCAGAUGCCUCCCUUGCCAGUACCUGUAAAUGAAGGCAGCCUGAAUUCACUUCUUCAAAUGGACAGAAUGAUGGGUGCCUAUGGUAAACUCCCAUAUGAAGGAAGAGGCCCAGAAUUGAUGUAAGAUAAAUUGGAAACAGAAGAGCAUUUGCAUGAUUUGUACUAAUGGCAUGAAGACAACUACCUUUGUAGAAUCAGGGGAUACUAGAGCUAGACUGACCAAAGCGCCAAGGGAUAAGUAAUGCAUUUCGAGGAUUUUUCUUUUUUUUUAGAGAGAAUGUUUGAACUGUCAUGUGUCUGCCCUUAAUUCUUGGGGAAGAACAUGCCAUCAAUCAGGCGGGGAUGCGGUUUAUUGUUUUGUGGCUGUAUUGGGUGCUGCAAGAAAGUACUAAUACACUGCACUUUAUUCA